GUCACUUACUAAGUGAGCCUGCAAUACACCUACCUUAAUUUUUUCGCGGGAAAUCAGUGAGUUUAAGACUUCAAACAUGGUGAACAUGUAGGGAUAUUUUUGCUUAUUUGAGGCAGUUCUGUUUAUAGAUUUUAUCCUUUUUGACUAUGAGUGAAAGGACAGUUGAAGGGAUUGGUUAUUUGUCGUUUUUUGACGAGGGAAAAUGGUUCCAGGGUUCCCUAAUAACCAAGGAUAAGCUACAGUAUGGACUGUUAGGGGAAGAAAGUGAACAACCUUCUAACCAAUAUCAUGAGUGUUGUUUUGAUGAGGAACCAAUGUUUUAUACUUUAACAUUAAUCAACUUUGAAUCUAAGGAAGAUAAGGUCUUCCAUCAUGUAAUGAAGACAAAUGGAGAUAAUUGUUCAUUAAUGUCUGAUAACAUAACCUUUUAUACUGAUGAGAUACUUACUGGAGAAAAGGCACUCAAACACACAAGAAAAUUCUGCUCUUCUAAAUUAAAAGAUAAAGAGGCCAUAGUGUGUGUUGGAGAGAUGGUUAUCAAACUACAGGAUGAGGCAAAUGACACAUAAUUGGUARAAUUUCUAUUCCACUAUAAACAUAUGAAUUUUGGUAGAAGUAUCUGAUUGGACCCCCUGUGGUGUUUUUAUACGCAUAUCAUUUAUCACAUUUUUCCCCAUUCUAUAUGAAGGUUUCCAUCCAUUUUCAGUAUCAUUACAUAAAAUAUAGUACAUCUUCAUAAAAGUAAGGCAUGCACUACCAAUAUUUAAAUUUUCAUUGAGUAUAAAUUUAGAAAUUCGUUCGUCACUCUUUGUAA